AUGGACGCAAGCGUGGAGGAGACCGAGCUGGACGUCGGCUCGGCGAGCGACGAGCUGGAGUCGUCGGUUGCGGAGCCGAGGCACGCGCGACGCCCGACGCCGCGGCCUUUCACGAUCGAGAGCUUGAUCGGAGGCGCACGCGAGGUCCACGACAUCGGCGGCGGUCUCGCGAGGGACGACCGGACCAACGGUAGCGAGGAGGAGGAUCACCGGGACCGGGAGUACCAGCUCUAUCAGAGGCACUACCUGGCGACCGCCGCGGCGAGCACGCUGCCCUCCGGUUUCGGUGUGCCGCUCGGCCUCUACAGCGCCUGGCUACCGAUGCGGAUGUACGGCGGCGGCGGUGCAUCCGGCGUCCCGAUGCUGCCGCCGCAGCAUCCGUCCGCCGGCUACCCGGCGCAUCCUGAGCUGCAUCAGAGCCGUUUGACUCAGCACUCGGCGCCGGCACCUGGCCAUCCGCAGGGCUACUAUCCGCUCGACGGUUGCCGUCGCGCCGCGAGCCAACGGGCGCCGAGCAGCUUCACCGACAGCGAGGACGAGGACGGCAGCGUCGGUUCGCCGGCCUCCCCGGCUCACGACCUCUCCAAGUCGCGGCACGGCUCCGAGAACGGCCGCGCGUCAGCUGAGAGCGACGACGAGGGCGGCGGGGCUGCGGGCUCCAGCGAAGGUCACGACGUCUCCGAUGGCCCGGUCGGCGGCGUCGGCAGCGUCGCCACGAGUCCCAGCGGCGGUACCUUGGAAAACGGGCAGAACUCGUCGGGCUCGAGCACCGGUGGCAACAAAGCACGCCGACGGCGCACCGCCUUCACCUCCGAACAGCUGUUGGAACUGGAGCGCGAGUUCCAUGCGAAGAAGUACCUGAGCCUGACGGAGCGCUCGCACAUAGCGCACGCGUUGAAGUUGUCGGAGGUCCAGGUGAAGAUUUGGUUCCAGAACCGGCGCGCCAAGUGGAAGCGGGUGAAGGCCGGGCUGAGCGGCGGCGGCGUCGGUUCAGCGGCGGCGGCGGCAAUGACGCCCUCGGGUGCUUCCGGUCGUCACAACGGUGCCACGGGACAGCACACCGGCUCCGGCACCAGGAUCGUAGUGCCAAUACCGGUGCACGUGAGCCGGCUGGCGGUUCGGUCGCAUCACCACCACCUGGAAAAGUGCGCGAGGGCGCCGCGCGCGAGACCGACGCAGUCGACGGGCGAUGGUGGGUCCUCGGGCACGGCGGCGUCGUCGAUGUUGGGCGACGCUCUGGGACUGGUGAACUCGUCGGUGAGCUUGACCGGUCAGGUGCAGCCACCCUUGGGCGCCGGGAUGGGGGUGGAGAUCGGCGUCGGGGGUGGCCUGAGGGCGUUCGCAGUGCCAGCGCACCGGGCCGGUCUCGGCUCCUCCGGGAGGUAGUGAACGUCGUGGACGAUGAGCACGGACACCUGGUACGGUGGGACGCGAAAGGAAAGGAUAGAGGUAGAUUAAUCGAUGUGGAACGCGCGCGAGGCAAAAUGGAGGGACGGAUCGAUCGCUCCGGAGCAUGCGAGAGGUAUAGACGGCAAAACUGGCGCUUCUCCGCUGUAAAAUUUCAUACCGUCUUAUACCGGCGAUUCGGCAUCGACCUUGACAAAUGCGAGAAAUAUUCCGAGGGGAUACAAAUCUCAAGUCCCUUCUCUUUUUCUUUUAACCCCUUCGGGCACGGUUUUUCCACGGCUAGAAGAAUAAUGCAAAGUACUCAAAUACUUCUCCAAUAUUGUGUUUAUCGUAACUUUUGUGCAAUUAUUUCCGAGUUAACUCGAGUUUGCGCUUUAAGGGGGCUAAUUAAUUUCUCUCUUCAAAGUAUUGUGUUUUUCUUCAAGUGACAUUUUCCGGUUUCACGGAGCGUUCGAACCGGCGGAUAUUGACUGAUUCCUCGGAGUUUCCGUGAAAACGCUCGAUCGGCAACAGCGGGGAAUAUUCGUC